UUUUGUUUUACAGCGCUUUUACUCACACAUUAUAUUUUUAACGCACUCUAAAGGUAAGCCAUACACUCUACUUCUUUAAAGCCUAUACACGCUAUACACUGCUUAUACACACAAGUAAAAAAAAAUAUUUUUUUUAUUUUUUUAUUUCAUUUCCUACUUACUCUUUCUCACUUGAGAAAAAAACGUGGUUUCUUUUUUUUCUUCUGUUUACUUGUUGGUCAUCUUCUUCUCAUCAUCUCUUGUUGGUACUUUCAUUUUUUAUAAGACACAUACACUUCUUUACCUCUAUGAAAUUUAAAAUCCGCAUGAAUAAAAAAAUGUUGACCUUGUCUAAUGAUUCCUUCUACAAAUAGAUGCCCAAGGAAACUCAAAAGGAUACUAAACGUGCUGUCGAUAAGGACGACAAGAAGAAGCGUUCCAAGAAGGACCCCAAUGCUCCCAAGCGUGGUUUGUCUGCCUACAUGUACUUUUCUCAAGAACAAAGACAAUCUGUUAAGGAUGCCAACCCUGGUGUCACCUUUGGCCAAAUCGGUAAGCUUCUUGGUGAAAAAUGGAAGAGCAUGAGUGAUGAAGAAAAGAAGCCCUACAAUGAAAAGGCUGCCAAAGACAAGGAACGUUAUGAACAAGAAAAGGCUGCUCGCGAAUAAACACGCAUAUUUCUUUAUUCCUAUGAUUGUUUACACCAAUUCAUGGCUCAUUUAAUAAUAAUAAUAAUAAUAAUAAUAAAAAUACACGCGUUUUUUAUUAAGUA